UUUCUUUCCCUUUCUGAGCCAUUCCUCUUUUGUCUCUUCUUCCCUGGGUUCUGCUCCCCACGUCUUUGCCAUAAGGAGAUAGGCCAGAAGAACAAAGGCUUAGCUUCCCUGUGAACAUAUGUACACUCAGAUCCAAACACACAUAUACCUACAACACCAUUCACAUACACACUCAAACACAAGGUGGGGUCCCCUGUCCAAGGUAUCAUGAAGGGCCAUGUCCUUACCCCUACCCCAACCAAAGACUAGGGAUCAGGGAACAGGAUCAAACCAGCCUCUGAUGGUCCAGAGUUAGGGGACGCUGAAUGGCUUAUGACCAUAGUGAUGCGAGCUGUGGAGCAACAAUGGCAUGUAGGACAAUUGAGUAUACUACUGAAACUGGAGAGGAUCAGAAAGUCAUGGCCUACUGCAGAUAUACACAGGACUGGAGCAUGCCGACCCCAGGAGUAAAGGGCGCACGAGAGCAGGCCAAAAAGAGUGCACCUGUAGCUGGAGCUGGUGAGAAGCGUAAGAAGGGCCCAUGGACUACAGAGCCUCCGAAGCCAGGCUGGGCACUGACUCAGGAGAAGCUGGCAGCCAUGUCCUCCACAGUACGCCGACGCCACCUGCUCUUCAGUGACCUACUUGACAUGGUUGAAGUAGGCUCCAUGUUUCCACGCGAGUCGGUGGAGUUAUCUUACUGCAUGCCCGACCCUCGCAUCUGGACACAGGCAUUAGAGCUACCAUCUGAGCGUCAAAAUCGGCUUCUGGGCAUCCUUAAGGCCGCGGAAGCCCGGGGCCGAAUCCGUGCCCUGCGGUUGCGCUACACCCGAAUGCGGAAGCAAAGAUGCGCGCGCGCCGCCAUCCGACUGGAACUGUUCCUACCACCCCAACUGAAGCCCACGAAGAUCCCUGAUCCUUUGGACCGACAAGAGCGGAGACGUGUUGAGACAAUCCUGGAAGAGGAGGUAGAUGGCAACAUCUUCCCGCGAUGACCGAUGACCGCGACCUUGGCGUUCAAAGACCCCAAGUUACAGCGGCUCUCCACUCUUAUAUAAAGUUCUCUUCUGAGGGUU